AUGCAAGGAGGCAUGAUGAUGGCCCCUCCGAGCUCCAACGAGUGGCAAGGUCCCACCCCCCACUCGCUGUUCCUCCAACCGCACAUUGUGUCCAGCGUUCUCGCCCACGCCGACCUGUCCAACGUUGAGCUCGCUCGCAUCCUUACCGUGUCCAAAGCAUUCUACCACCCUGCGGCAAGUCUCCUCUAUCGUUCCCUCACGUGUUGCUUCCCACCUGGACUAGACGAGCAGCGUCUCUUCGUCGACUGUGGAUCCAAGGCGACUCUGCUGGCGCACACCAAAGAGCUUGAGAUCCAGUUUGCCUACCCACGUUUGCCACCCACCACUGGAUCGAACCCCGUCAAUGUCGCGGUUCUGCCCAAUCUUGAGAACCUCACAGUUACGGGUGACGAGGUGAUGAGUACCAAGGCCUGGAACGAGAUGGCUCUUCACCCCUUUCUCCACCGCCUCCAGCCCACAAAGGACCUGAAGUUCGUCUUCUACCGUGACGACUUUCAUUCCAAGUACAUCCCCAACAUUAAAACCGCUGUCACGGAACUGUCACGCCUGGCCACCAGCGUCAUCUUCGAGCAUAAAGACACCACGACACUCAAGGUGUUCUCGUCCUUUCUCGACAUCAAACUGCGUCCGCAGGUCACCUCCUUGAAGUUUGGAGCCAUCAUCACCGCGGACCACUACAGGAAGGAACACAUAUUCACGAACAUUUGUGAGGCUAUCAUCGCCCUAGUCCAGCGCACUCCGCAGCUGUCAAUCACACUCGACAUUCGCCGCACCGAUAUUUUCUGCUGCCUGAAGCGCCAAUGGUCCGACGUCAGACUUUACGCAGGUGUGUCCCGUGCCUACCAGCAAAUUUGGUUUCUCGAGGAGAGCAAACUGGACGAGGAGCUCCAAUGCCGAAUCUCUAUGAAUUUCGAGGAGGCCACUGGCUGCGCCCCCGACGACGCUCCCAAGAGCUGUGCUCACCACCCUCGGUUGGACGACGAUUCCUCACGCUGGGGAUAUUUGGAUCCUGAAAGCGAUGACGAGGACGGUGCAUGGAGCGGUGAUGAAGACAGUGACGGCGAGCAGACGGAUUGGACGUGGCAGCAGAAGAACCAACUCCUCCGCACCUUCUGGACUGCGGAGCCCUCUGCAGACAACAAAACCAAGUCUAUCAAGAAUGUGCUCCUUGAUAUGGUGUAUGCCAACGACAGGUUCUAUGACAUUGUCGCCAGUGAUCCCAGACCUGCCAACUGCCCCCUCUUCCCUGCGGACCGAAUUCCUGAGGCGUCGCUGGGAGAUGCUCGUACGUCUUCGUCACGCGGCAUCUUCGCCCUAGUUGCUCCCUCGGGCCGUAUCCUUAUCGACUCAACCGGCUAUCGCACGUUCAAGCAGUGUCUCGACAGGAGGGUCUUUUCGGACCAUCCGCUGGUCAUCGCUCAGCUCGGUCCGACUACUGCCGACCAGCGCAUUGGACGCAAGGACUACAUUCUCGUCGACUUCUCGCUUCCUUACUAUCAAGAACUGGUCAAGCAGGUUGAUUAUACCUUUCUCCGCCAGGCGGCUGGCGCUGCGACCGCCUGGCUGACCAUCGCGUUCCGUAGCUGCGAGCCCUACAUCGGCUUCAACCCCAGCUUCAGUACCAACGCACCCGUCUUCGUAUCUCCUGCCAACACCCUCAUGAAGACCGAGUCAGCCGCGGGCAACGAGGCUUUCAAGAAGGGUCGCUAUGGCGAUGCCGAGGCGGCUUAUACCCGGGCCAUUGCACUCAACCCCUUCGACCCCCUCCCUUACGGAAACCGCUCUGUGGCUCUUCUCAAGAUCAACCGCUGGAAGGACGCCGAGAUCGACGCCACCGCAGCUCUCAACUUGGACCCUACUCAAAUCAAGUCGUAUGGCCGCCGUGCCGUGGCUCGUGAACGCCUUGGCCGUCUUGACGAUGCUAUGGCAGACAUUGAGAUGGCGAUCAAGAAUGGCGUGGUGACUCAGGAGCUUUCCGACCUCCACAACAAGCUCGUCCAGGAGCGUGACGUCAAGUUUGCAUCCAAGUUCAAGGACCUCAAGGUCGACAAGUGA